CCCACCCCCUUCAAUCAGCUUGCUGCCUUCCGCGAUACCAAAACCACCUCAAACUUGCCGCAACCUCGCAAUAACCAGACCUCCGAUCUACGAGACUCGUCGCGCAUCAGCGAAUCAGCGUCUUCGAGACCCAGCAGAUUAGGCUUCCCAAAAGUCUAGUUGAAUCAUCCGUGGUCGUCAGGAGGCAAGGUGUCGUUUAAGGUCACACUAACGUCAGACCCGAAGCUUCCUUAUAAAGUGUUCAACGUGCCGGAGGAGGCGCCGUUCACAGCGGUGCUCAAGUUCGCAGCGGAGGAGUUCAAGGUGCCGCCGCAGACCAGCGCCAUCAUCACCAACGAUGGAGUGGGCAUCAACCCUCAACAAAGUGCUGGAAAUGUCUUUUUGAAGCAUGGUUCUGAUCUCCGCCUUAUUCCGCGCGAUCGAGUUGGCUGUUUCUCCUGCUGAUAGGGAGUUGUUUGUAGAUGUGAUGUUUGAAUCAUAAUAUUUUUCUUCUUUAGUAAUAACCAGAUUGACUGGUAUUGGCAAUUUGGCACACAUCAGCCAAUAGUCCAGUAGUAACGGUUCUCUCCUAAUUCUAUUUUCUUGGUGCGUUAUGAGAUGUGUAGCAGCUAUGCUACUCUUGAUGGUAUG